AGUUCAACUAGGGAAGAUCGUCACGCACGUUCACAUCCUUUAUUUUGAGGUCACCCGCCAGACGCAUAUGCAAUUAGAAAAGGGCAUCAUUCUUCCGAAUCGCCCAUUUUACACAUGAACAAAUAUUACAUCCCACGACCUCUGCCUAACUAUUGAAUUCACUACUUCGAUACAUCACGGAACGAAAAAGGCAUCUCAACCGAACCCAAAAAAAAGGCGUACAAAACUUUGAAUCCUACCUUACUUUCGGUCGCUGGAGGUGAUUGCUACAGGUAGAGUUUGGCGGAACGGAAUUAAGUCGGAUUGUCUACACAAGAAAAUUCAUGGUGAUUGAAAGCAUAAACUUACUGCGUGAGCCGUCAAGUGUCGGAUCGCUACGAAUCAACAAUCAAACCAAAUUCUUUCAUUCCUCUACUGGAUUCGAAGAAAGCACUCUGUUGGAAAAGUAUGGUGAAUAAGAUGCCUGGAAGCAACCUUAACAGUAGCAGAUCCACUGGCGGCGCUGCUGCUAUUCUAUCUCGGAAGAGACUCCCUGCGUCGGGUGCAGGAGAAGAAAGCAAUGGUGUUCGAACGACAAAUAAUGAAAGUCGCACUACUACUAUCGGGCGUGGUGAUGGAAAUUCCAUUCGGGAUGCGAACACUGGAAUUGAAAACAACAACAGUAGCAGCGCCCGAAGCAGCACAAGCGCCAGCACAAAUUCCAAUAACGGAAGCACCCGCAAGAUGCGCCGGGGAUCCUUUCGCCGGACUCUGAUGCUUCAAAGGAACAAACGGAGCAACAAUGGUAGCUCUAGCAGCCACUCAAAACGGGAAGGCAACGCUGUGGAUGGGGGCGCCACACCAGCUACUGCCGUAACCAAUCAGUUGCCGGUUUCGAAAAGAAAUAGCACUUAUCACGACCAAUCGUCGGCACCAGUUCCAUUGAAGGGCUCGGUGGGUGCAUCUGUUGCUUUCGCGUUGGAGGAACGAGAAACCGGUGCGUGUUCUCCGACGUUGACAUCUUCGAACGUGACGACGCCUGUUCGAGGCAGUCAGCAGCGGCACGAACGUCUGCCAAGGGGACACAUCGAAACCAUUCGCAAGCACUACGGAAGCAACAGGGAAGGUGUUCUAGACAUCUACGAGGAUGUUCUCAAGAUAUCUCCCGAUGCGUCCGACCGAGAAAUCCGCAUUGCCUACUUUCGUAGGGGCCGCGAAAUCUUAGGUGACAAUGCCAGCAGCAUCAAGAUCAACAAGAAGAACCAGAAGGCGAUCAAGCAGUUGGAUCCCGCUAUUAAAUCGCGAUUUCAGGCCGUUAGUAUGGCCUAUGAAAUUUUGUCAACGCCGGCCUGGAAGGAGGCGUAUCGAAAGCAGGGAGGGAUACUAAACACGCCGGGAGCCAGGGCAAGUCCUCUCGUUCCAAAGGUAGUAGUAGAGCAAGAUGGUGUCGGCUUGAGCCAUCCUAGAAUUACCGUGGGGAAAAAGAAGCAACAGGAACAAGAGCCUUUUGAUCCUUUUGUGUCUUAUCCAUUGGCAUCAAGGGCGUCAUUUUGGGAGAAUACAAACGCUAACACGGGCAAUCCUUCAGCAAUGUUCCCAACAACGUUUUCAUCCGAUCCAGUGCUACCAGCACCAUCCACUGCUUCUCGGUCACCAAAACGCUUGGUUGGCGCUCUUAGAAAAUCCAAGUUUCUCGGAAACAGCGGUGAUGUAGACAACAGUAAUUCUUCUCGAAGCAGACGACAGAGGCCCUCAUCGGCCUCGGUCCGGUGGAAGGAUCACGUCGAAGAACUCAUCUUUGUAAACCAUCCUGAUGAACAUGGUUCCAGUGACGAAGAAAGCAGCGAAGAAGCUGACUACUAUUCGUCCGACGACGAAAACCUACGUGGAGAUGAUAGCACCGGUAACGACGCUGGCAAUUCUAGAGCUAGUAGUCGCCCCGCAUUGCCGGUAGCAGUAGAUCUUUAUUCCGAACCUGCGGAUCCUGGCUACAAUGCGCAGGAGAACAAUAGCAACAACAGCCUUAGCUACAGCAGUCGUGGCAGUGGCAGCACCAGAAGAAGAAAGAAGAACAAGGCAAGGAUUGUCAUCGAUUCGGAAGAAUUGGAAUCACAUCUUAAACUCAUGGACAGCGAAGCCGAAAAACAUUUUGUGCAAGAUUUUUGGGACAACUUUGAAGAAUCCAUGGACGGGAUACUGACCCUAGUAGAUUCAAUCGGGGGAGGCGGAGGUGCGGCUGCAGACAUCUCGAAGGCAAGCAACAGCAACAGCAACAGCAACAGCACAAACAAAACCAAGAAGGAAAAAUAUGACCCGUAUUUCUGGUUGCCGUCCCAACCACCAUCAGAUGCUGAUCAGAAACAGCUGACAAGAAACAGAAGAGAGGAUCAUACAUUAUGUGAAGGUACCACCAUUGAACAAAGCAUGAGCCACGACUCGACAAUUAUAUCGAUUAAAUCCAGCACUGAAGAUGGUGAUGAUGUCAUCAAGCGGACCAAUACGCUUCCAAACCCGCGGUCAUCAUCAUCCUCCACAAUUUUGAAUACGGUUGAAGUUUCUUCCCUUACCUUGGAUUCAAAACACAGGCAGCCUACAGUUAUGACUCCCAACGACAAGGAUGCGUCGCCCUACGACAUGAUACUAGGUUCCUGGCCAUUCCAGAGCAGUAAGGCCGAAGGAAAGGAAGCAAAGAUGAGAGUACAAACCCAACAAGCUACCACAUCGCCAGCGCCAAAACUUGCUCUUGUUGAUCAUUCCUUGGAUCAAGAAUCAUUAGCAUCCGUUGCGUCAACUAUUUUUUCUACUUCUCAGCGAGCACAAAAAUCGUUGUUUCGUCCCAUUUCACCGACUCCUCCCGAAGCGACGGAGCUGGCAAACAGCGAUUUUGUUACAACAGAACCGUUAUCUGACGAAAAUUUCGAACUCGAAAGCCGCAUUUCAGAAAUAGAAAGUAUCGACCUUGCAGAGUUAGAAAAUCCAUUCCGUCGAGAGAAGAAAGAUCCUUCCUCUUCUGACAAGUCCGGGAUCCAAAAGGUUGCAUCCACUGACAGUAGCGAUUCUAGUGGCUGUAAGGGCUUCAAAAAUAAGAAAAUAAAUCUGUUCAGACUGUCAAGGAUGAAUCGCAUCAGAGGUUCAAACUCUAUCGAAAAGGAGGCGAAGUCCUCUCGUGAAAAGACGAAGACCAAAAGUAGAAAGAACGCUUCUACUAGAGCAAGUAUCUUUAGCAAGUCAUCAGCAGAGGAGGACGUUUUUGAAGGAGUAGAAGACAUAUCAUCGGUAGAGCAGGAACAACAAUUCAGCAUGCAUGAGAAAUGGGAUUCCUUACGCGUGGAGAAUAUUUCGAUAAAGGGGUCUGCCUCUCAUGUUAGUGAUUUGAGCGAGAGCGUUUACUCUUCAUCGCAGAAGGGGACUGAAGACGAAGUCGAGGAGGAAUCAGUGCAACUCAAAACGAAAAACAUCAUCAAACCCUUCCCUAUCCCCACUAAUGAAUCACCCGCAACCGUCACUUUGAGUCCCUCAAUAACGACUUCUUCGGUCAUGUCGGAAUCCACAAAAAAGUCACUCGUGAACAGUACGACAGCACGAAGCGAGGGAAGCACUGCAGGCUUCUCGUCGUAUGAGUCUACUACUACCACACGAGACGGAACUAACUCGGUCAACUCGCUCGAGCUUGAAAAUUCAGGGGUAGAAACUACGGGUUUCUUUGAUUACUUUGCUGCAUAUGCUACCGCUGUAAUGACGGAAUGCGCUAACUUGGCCGCUGCCAGUGGUGCUGCCGAGUACCAACAGGAAUUUAUGACUAUAUUUUCGGGUGGUGCUAGUGUUAACAAUGCAGAGCUGCGACACCAGACUUCUAGAGAUGUACCCAGCGAACACACAAGAAGCACUCUGUAGCAUGAAAUUUUCGACCGGGAAAACUCGGCAACGAAAUUCUUUUUAUACGGCGAUGAAAUAGGGAGAAGAUGUCUCCGAUUUCGGCACUCAAUAUUUCCUAGAUACAAGGUUUUGAAGCAUGGGAUAGAUUGUGAGUCUUGCGAAUUCAGUGUUAUCUAUCGUACACCGUUGGUCAACGAUAUUGCAAACUUCGCCAACGCAUUGGCAUGGGCAAAGUGGUGACAAAAGACCGUUUGGCUUCAUUGGGUACUGGCAAUUCAUCGAUACGCUGGGUAUUACUGUAUUGAGUUUCCUGGCAUAUGUUUCCUUUUCAAUUGCCCGACCGUUGGAUCGAAAUUUUUCUUGACUCGUGGUAUUUUGUGGCUCUCGUUUUGAUUUGGAGCCGAGCCUGAUGAACCAUAUGAAAAUGUCUGUUUCGGAAUAACCGGGGUUUAACCAGUGAAAAUGUGAUUCUUUACUGAUUGGCUACUCGCUCUAUUAACAUGCUGCUAAAAAUUCUAGCAAUCGGUUUCAAAAUAUGAGAUCCUAAGGCAAAACGUGGUCCCGAUCGUGUUACCAUGGUAUUUUAUAGUUGCUUUUCGAUAAUGAUUACGACAGUGGAGGUGUCUCGUCUUCUCUGCCAGAACCUACGUCGGUACAUGGGAAGUCGCUGGGCGCACCAUCGACAUCGGACAGGCCGCCAUCAUUGGCGGCGCCGUCCCCCUCCUCUAUAUGCUUCCAAAACAGAGUUCCAGUGUAUACAUUUCCCGGAUCACUCUUUCUUGGUGAAGAAGUGGUAUGAUUAGCAUUGUUUCCGUUGCUGUGUGUGAUAAUUUUGGUUUGUCUACUGUCUGUUCUCGUAGUGGUCGGCAGCGGCGCUCACGGGGAAGUUAUGAUUACCAAGCUUACUGAGGACCCCUUUCUCGUGAUUAUUUUUGUGACACAAUGUGCUUCACUCUACACACCAAAUUUAUUCUCCCAUAUUUAAUCCCAUAGUUGCUCAACCUCUGCUUGAUAUUUCUACUUCUGGGGGUCCUGAUACACAACCUCAACAGUUACGACAACAGUAACCUCUCACCAUGACUCUUGGAUUUGAAACUCUAGAUUUACAAAUGUGAACAGCAAUAGUCUCAAAUACCCUUGAUGUAAUCACUAUUGUGGAACAAUCAUUCCUCUACCAUAUGGUUUCAAAUUUAUGGCACGGUCGGGCCCAUCACUACCUCACAUACAAGAAAAUAAAGUAAUAACUUUGUU